GUCUUUCAGAAAAUUCUAAAAUUUAUGCAAAACAACUAGAAAAAAAACAUCAGGCGAGGAAAGGGGAUCAGAUCUUGGUUCAAUUUCGCAAAGCAAAAAUGAUCUCGCAGUUCUUCGUACUGUCUCAACGAGGAGAUAACAUCGUCUUCCGUGACUAUCGAGGUGACGUGCAGAAAGGAAGUGCGGAGAUAUUUUUUCGUAAAGUGAAGUUUUGGAAAGAGGAUGGACAAGAGGAGGCGCCACCUGUCUUUAACGUGGACGGUGUGAACUACUUUCAUGUGAAAGUUGUGGGAUUGUUGUUUGUCGCUACAACAAGAGUUAAUGUUUCACCAUCUCUAGUGUUGGAGCUUCUGCAGAGGAUUGCUCGUGUAAUCAAAGACUAUCUGGGGGUUCUCAAUGAAGAUUCACUGCGGAAGAACUUUGUGCUUGUAUAUGAAUUGCUGGACGAAGUCAUUGAUUUUGGUUAUGUGCAGACAACUUCCACUGAAGUGUUGAAAUCCUAUGUGUUUAAUGAACCAAUUGUAGUGGAUGCCGCACGCCUACAGCCUCUUGGGCCUGCUGCCAUUUUUAUGCAAAGUACCAAAAGAAUGCCAGGAACAGCUGUCACUAAAUCUGUUGUGGCAAAUGAGCCGGGUGGUAGGAAGAGAGAAGAAAUUUUUGUGGAUAUAAUUGAAAAAAUCAGCGUGACAUUUAGUUCAAGUGGAUAUAUACUGACUUCUGAGAUCGAUGGCACCAUCCAAAUGAAGAGCUAUCUUUCUGGAAAUCCAGAAAUACGAUUAGCUCUCAAUGAUGACCUGAGCAUAGGAAAAGAUGGGAGAUCGAUAUAUGAUUAUAGGAGUUCAUCUGGGUCAGGAGCUGUGAUACUUGAUGACUGUAAUUUUCAUGAAUCUGUACGCCUUGAUAGUUUUGAUCUGGACAGAACACUGUCUCUGGUUCCGCCAGAUGGUGAAUUUCCGGUCAUGAACUAUCGUAUGACCCAGGAGUUCAAGCCACCUUUUCGUAUUAACACGUUGAUUGAAGAAGCAGGAGCUCUUAAGGCUGAAGUGAUUAUUAAAAUAAGCGCAGAAUUCCCGUCCAGCAUUACAGCAAACACAAUUGUCGUAGAAAUGCCACUUCCUAAAUACACUACCAGAGUGAGUUUUGGAUUAGAACCUGGAGCAGUUGGGCAGAGAACAGAUUUCAAGGAAGCUAACAAGCGGCUUGAAUGGGGUUUAAAGAAGAUUGUUGGUGGAUCUGAACACAUGCUACGUGCAAAGCUGACAUUUUCACAGGAAUCACAUGGAAAUAUCACAAGAGAAUGUGGACCAGUCAGCAUGACGUUCACAAUCCCAAUGUAUAAUGCUUCAAAGCUUCAGGUGAAGUACUUGCAGAUAGCAAAGAAGUCCAGUACAUACAAUCCAUAUCGAUGGGUGAGAUAUGUGACUCAGGCCAAUUCGUAUGUUGCUCGUAUAUGACAGUAUAAUUUUCAUCCUUUCCAAUCAUUUUCUAUCUUGUUUAUGUGCUGCCAACUUCUCUUAGUACUUACCCAAAAAAAAACCUUCUCGUUGAGUACUUGGUAUGGUUCUAGUUUAGAUAUUUACCUUAAAAAUGCACGCAUGGCUAAAUGGAACUAAUUCUUGUGUUGGUUGUUA